AUGUUCAGGAAACCUGCCUGGAGGAACACAGUCAGUGAUGCAGUGGGUUUCCACCAGGACCAAGCCCUCAACACAACUAUAUUCCUCCUGAAAUCCUACGGCCCCACGGGAUUUCUGCUCAAAGAGGAGGGAGAGGCCAGAAACUUCAAGGUGUGUUUGGGUGACCCACAUACGUGCUCUUGCCCGGUGUUCAUCAAGGAGCAGGAGCCAUGUAAACACAUCUGCUGGGUUUUACUGCGGAAAUUCAGACUACCCAGAGAACAUGAGUAUUCAUUUCAACACGGACUUGUGGAGAGACAGAUAUCGGAGGUGCUCCAUGGUUUACACCAAACCAAAGCCAACCGGAUGGAAAAUGAUUCCUCUGUUGCUUCUGGGACCUCGAGCCAACCAGACACAAACCAGGAGGCUGGAAGUGUCUGCCGGAAGGUGAUCCAAGCCCAGGAUGUGUGUCCAAUCUGUCAAGAGGAGCUGCUGGAGAAAAAACAGCCUGUGUCUUACUGCAGGUUCGGUUGUGGCAAUAACGUCCAUAUCUCUUGCAUGAAAGUUUGGGCAGAUCACCAGAAGCUCUCUGACAGGGAAGAAACGGUGAAGUGCCCUCUGUGCAGGGAGGACUUCGGCUCUUUGAAGUUACUCCAGGAGCAGGUGAAAAACGCAGCAAAGCUCUUCACUGCUGCUGAGAGAGAGAAGCCAGGCAAGCACCUGGGAGUUCUCUGUAACGGUUGCCAGGUCUGCCCUAUCACUGGCAAAUGUUUCAAAUGCAUAGUCUGCAGUUACUUCUAUUUGUGUGAGGACUGCUCAAAGAAAGGCUGCCACCCGCAGCAUCAGUUUGCUUCACGAACAAAAAGAGGAGACAAGUGGCAUUUUGUGGCAGAGGACCUGAGAGAUGAACCAAAGGGAGCGGCCUCUCAGUCAGCAAAUGACAGCAUCAUCCCUGUUGCCGCAGACCUUCUACCAGAAAAUGUGCUGGGGUGUCUGCCUACUGUGAGGGUGAGAUCGGGGUCCAUGCUCUUGGACGAGGGACAGCAGUGUCGGAUCUGUCUACAGAAUUUUACCCUGGGUCACCGUGUCCGAACUCUGCCUUGUAAUCAUAAGUUCCAUAUGGACUGUGUGGACGGGAUCCUGCGGAAGUUGAACUCCUGCCCCUUGGAUGGAUAUGUCAUUUAUAAUCCCUUGACUUGGGGAACCAGUGAAAGGAAGACCUCCCAUAAGUUGGCCUCUUGCCUUUCCAAUGACUUUGCCAAACCAGAACAUAGCUUAAAGGAUCUGUUUAUCCCAGGAGUGGCACUGCGGGACAGGAACUCUAAAACUGCCCCUUCACAUGGUUCUCUUAACUUAGAAGUGCUGACAGGCUCUUCAGAUACUUUAAACAUCCCCCGCAAGUUAAAGACUGAUGAGUUUCUUGGCUUCUGCAUUACCACACCAGAUGCUAUUGGGGAGGAUGAGGAAAACAUGGUGCAGAAACUUGUCUAA